UUACAAAAUGUCCUUUUUUGCCUGUUACAGUCGCACAGAAAGUUCAGUGCGCCGCGACACGGUUCUAUGGGGUUCUACCCCAAGAAGCGCUCACAGCGUCAUCGUGGUAAGGUAAAGGCCUUCCCCAAGGAUGACCCAACCAAGCCGGUUCAUCUUACCGCCUUCAUCGGUUACAAGGCUGGUAUGACCCACGUUGUUCGUGAGGCCGAUCGUCCUGGAUCAAAGGUCAACAAGAAGGAAAUUGUUGAGGCUGUGACCAUCCUUGAAACUCCACCAAUGAUCGUUGUCGGAGUUGUUGGUUACAUCGAAACUCCUCAUGGUCUUCGUGCUCUGACCACUGUCUGGGCUGAGCAUCUUUCUGAAGACUGCAGAAGACGCUUCUACAAGAACUGGUACAAGAGCAAGAAGAAGGCUUUCACCAAGGCUUCCAAGAAAUGGCAAGAUGACUUGGGACGUGCUUCCAUCGAGAAGGACUUCAAGAAAAUUGUCAAGUACUGCAAGGUUGUGCGUGUCAUUGCCCACACUCAGAUGAAGCUGUUGAGGCAGCGUCAAAAGAAGGCUCACAUCAUGGAAAUCCAGGUCAAUGGUGGAACCAUUGAAGACAAAGUUAAGUGGGCCAGAGAGCACCUUGAGAAGUCCAUCCCAGUCAACAAUGUCUUUGCUCCUGAUGAGAUGAUCGACGUUAUUGGUGUCACCAAAGGAAAAGGAUACAAAGGUGUUACUUCGCGUUGGCACACAAAGAAGCUGCCGCGUAAGACGCACAAGGGUCUCAGGAAGGUCGCCUGUAUUGGUGCAUGGCAUCCUAGCAGAGUGUCCUUCACUGUUGCCCGUGCUGGUCAGAAGGGCUACCACCACCGUACCGAGAUGAACAAGAAGAUCUACCGUAUUGGACAAGAAAUCCACACCAAGGACGGAAAGAUCGUCAAGAACAACGCUUCCACCGAGUACGAUCUAACUGAGAAGAGCAUCACACCCAUGGGUGGUUUCCCGCAUUACGGAGAAGUCAACAACGACUUCGUCAUGAUCAAGGGUUGCUGCAUGGGACCCAAGAAGCGUGUCAUCACUCUGAGGAAGUCGCUCCUCGUUCACACGAAGCGCGCUGCUCUGGAAAAGAUCAACCUCAAGUUCAUCGACACGAGCUCCAAGUUCGGUCACGGUCGUUUCCAGACCGCCGCCGACAAGGCUUCGUUCAUGGGCCAGCUGAAGAAAGACCGCAUGCGCGAAGAACUGGCUCAGGCUACCGCUGCCGCCGCCACGACAACUGGCGCUGCAACAGCCGCUCAGUAAUCUUCAUACUAUGUAUGUUGAUUGUUGAUAAAAAACGUUUUAAAAUCUA